AUGCUGGUGUUAGCCAGUCUUCUGGCGCUUUGCGCCGCAGCUCCGGCGGACUCGACAUGUCCACAGAUAAAUCAGCGUGAUCAAGACUUGGAAAUACUGCCGAAGUAUCCCUUGGAUCCUGAAAAAUUUAUCACACCUAUUUAUAUCUGGGGACCUUCUUCCCAACUACAAGGAUUGCGAGAAGCGAUUGGCGUGGCAAUCCGUCUCAACCGAACCCUUCUUCUUCCUCCCUUUUUGACUCACUCGUCCGACCCGCUCGGCAACGACCAACCAGUUCCAACCGACAUUCGCCUUGACAUUCCCAAACUGCGCAAACUCGUCUCCAUCGCCUUCACCGACGACUUGAGAUGUCUCCAGUCAGAUGCUGUGUUCCUCGCCCGCGGAAUAUACAACAAGCCUACUGAUCCAGCUGUCAUGGUUGAACGUGUAAAGCGAAUUGAAAAUUUUGAGAAGGCGGCGCACAUGAAGGUUUUACGAAGAACUGACGAUGAUGAGGUUUGUACUGUGUUGGAGAAGACUGGAUCAAAAGGACUUGCACUUGCUCUCGCCCGAUUUAUUCUCCAAACCAAUGCCUUUUUAACUGGAGCUACUCAAAAACACUCAGCACUUUACGUCUCGACUCCUCCAAGCGAAGCGGAAAAGAUGAGGAGUAUCGUUCUUUCUGCAAAGAGUAUUUUGGAAAACGAAGGCUGGUCGCUUGAUGUCGUCACAACUACUGAUACACAAGAGUUCUUGGAUGAAAAUUAUGGCGAUUGCGAGAUGAUGCAAUACAAGUCGGAAGUCCUGAGCCUUGUUGAGCAAGAGCUCACUUACAGGGGCGAUUAUUUCAUUUUUUCGGAGCUUUCCGGAUGGUCGGCUAAUGUCCGAAAGGAGCGCAUCAUGGAGGACAAAUACUUCUACGAGAUGUCAGUCAUCAAACUCAUUGAAGAUUUCGGGCCAUUCAGCUCGAAUUUCACGACGAGCACAAGUCUACGAACAUCCAGCUCAACGCUCCGCUAG